AGACAGCAAGUUUUUUUAAGGCUGCUUUCUACAUCUGACACAUUUGUCCUUGUAGUAAAAACUGACCUAAUUUGCGUCCUUAUGCUCAGAGGACAAUAGCUCAGCAACAUAAAGCUGUGAUCUAGAUAAAAAUAGAACUAAGAUUAACUAUUGUUAACAACAGAUUAACCAGAUCUCUCACUCUACACUUUAUUUUUAUCAAACUCCACUUGUAGAUAAAUGUAUUUGUAUUGAUUAAAAGCUAUCAAAGACAAACUCAUUCCUACAACCAUCUGAUAUGAAUAAUAGCAAAGCUUUGCACUUCCAUACCACAUUUCAUGCAACGAUCUCAAAGCAUUUUACAAACAAUACAUUAAACUCAACAUCUCUGAGCAGUAUGUGUUAUCCUCACUAUUUUGCAGAUGGGGAAACUGCGGCAGAUAAGUGCAUCUGGCCCCAGUCCCACCCCUUCCGCCUGAGGGCCCGCUCCUUCCAGGGGCCCAGAGCCAUCCCCCACACCUUGCCCAGGAGCCCGGCCACCCUGAGUACUGCAGAGCAACAGGAUUCAGACUGUGACAGGCAGCCAACCAAGAUGGACGUAAGCUUACUUGAGGAGCAGUAUGACUGUAUAAAACAGAAGCAAAAGCUGCAAACACACAUUAUUGUGUUUAAAACAGGUGAGAAUCAGCCUGUUCCUGGGGAAUCAAUGGUCAAUGCCAUUUUAAUAAAUAAGAAAAUAAGAAAACCAAAAGAAUUUAAAGAACACAUUCCUGUCAGAAAGGUCACACUGGAGUUAACUUCCAAUGGCAAUGUACAAGACAGUUCACCAUGGCGUACACACCUGGGAAUCCACCGUCUACUACAAGCUGAUUGUCAGACGGAUCCAAGUGAUCUUGCCCAUUGCAAGAAUGAACAGAUUAGUUUCGACAAUGAGAGACUGACUGUGAAGGAAAAUGUCAUGCUGCCAUAUGAAAAACCACUAACUGCAAGUGAACGUUCCACAGUAUCACUCAAUGAACUGGGAAAUUCAAGUAUGUUAAACAGUCCCACUGAAGAGAAUAGCAACUCCAUUUCAGGCAUCUGCCAGAAGCCUCCUUUGAAGUCAGUCUCUUCAGCAAUUUGGACACACCAACAGAUUUCAUCCACAAAAUGUACACCCAUAUCCAGCAAACAAAGCUAUUACCCUUUCCCUCGGAAAAAAACACCCAGGAUCUCAGAAGCUGCAAAAAGACUUGGAUUAUAUGUCUCACCAUAAAGAAAUUUCAGUAAUGUGUAAAGUUUAGAUAAAAUUUAAAAUAAAAUUUCAGUAAACUAA